UAAAACAAUUAAACAAUCCGUGGCGUUCAACUUGUUGUCAUCACUAACCAUUUAUCAGCUCUCGUUUUUUUCGACGAAUCCCAUAAUAAUAUAGUUGUAUGUAUAAAUGUGCACUCGAAUACUCGUUUCUAUAAUAUCUAUCGCAGUGUAGUAAAUAUAGUAUGACAAUAAGAUUAUAUACCUAUUUAUUAUAAAGUAUACCACCGUUCUGAUAAUACAUUAAGAUCGAUUAAGAUUUAUACUUGUCAAUAUUAUCGAUUUUCUCUCGCGCUCGUGUUCCACACGCACUUAAAUCCGUAUGAUUUGACUUUAAUUUUAUAUUUUAACCGUAUCAUCACUGUACGGUUUUUAACUGCUGACGUGCUGCGACUCGGAAAUCGAAACCGAAAGUGACGCACGAUACUCGUUCAAAUCAAUCAUCACCUGUAGUCACCGUCGUUCGCCGCUCGCAAUGACGUACACCACCGAGACCGAUGUAGCGGCCGCGGCCGCUGUGAACUUGCUCCGCGACAACGUCCGGUUGGCCGGAACAACGGGCGUCGGCGUCGGUGGCCCGUGGUACUAUCCACCCACAGCGGUCGACGAGGACGGCCGCCUGUGGGGCAGCUGCGCCGACCACCUGAAACGGGUGCUGGAGAACCGUAUGGCCAUACGACACUACUACCGUUCACUGCAGCCGGACGCGCCCGCGCCGCCUCUGCUGAGCCGCGCCGGCCACGUGGCCGUCAUCGAAGCGUUCGCGGCCGACCUGCUGGCGUACUACCGGCCGCUGCUGGCCGCCGUCGACCCGCGGCGCAGUGACCUGGGCGCCCAGACCGUCGUCUUGCUGGCCGAGGCCAACGUCCUUUACAACAUCGUGUUAGCCAUGCGACCGUGAAUGGCCGCCGACACGUCGACCUGAAGUAUACGCUAUUUCGAUCGGAAAAAAUGGAAAACCCGUCCUUAAAUCGCACACCGAUGUUUUUUGUGAUUUUAUCGUUAUAGUUUGUUUUGAUGAAUAAAAUAAAAAAACUCGUGACGCUCAAGUUGUUUGUCUGUCUAUA